AUGGUUGCCAUGUACUUUAUGCUCCUCAUCUUUGUUUCCAUAGUGAAGUUUAGUACUACUAAUAUCAUACCUUCUGUGUCAACAAUCACCGAAAAUACCAUUGGUAAUCGUUAUAAAAACACGUUCUUUGGUCUAUCAGUGGAAAAACCUAAAGGAUGGAGUUCAAUAAGUCAAUCUCAAUUGCUUCUAGUGUUUCAAUCAGUAGGCACAAUGAUUUCAAAUAAUGAGAGUCAAUCUACAAAAGAACUGAUCGAUGCUUCUGUGAAAUUAAUAAUACCUCUUUUUGGUUUUUCUAAGUAUCCACUUGGAACGUUCAAUGGAAGAGUCAAUCCAAACAUAAUGGGAGUUGCUUUGAAUAUAAACGAAUUACCAAAUGCCAAAACCGUUUGUGAUUAUUUGAAUAUUAAAAAAAAAAUGCUUAAACAAAGUGCACAUUAUGUUAACUUUGUUAAUCAAUGUAAUGAAGUUAAUAUCAAUGGAGAAAUGUUUGGUACACAUACAUUCACCUUGAAAAUGCCAGGUGUACCAUUGAUCAAACAAACUCAAUACGUCAAAAUAUCAAAAAAAGAUCAUAUCCUUUUUUUUUCAUUAACGUAUUUCAAUCGUCCCAGCCAAAACAAACUUGAAAAUGUAAUGCGUACACUCAAAUUUCAAUAA